CGUUUAGCAUAACUUGAAGAAUCUAUAGCAAACAAAAGUAUAUGUAUACUUGCGAGUAUGGAGUAUUUUAUUCUGAAAAACCUACUCAGGCAGUAGAAAAAUGAAAUGAAAUACAGAAUAAGAAUCGAAACGAAGAGACAAGAAAGUAAAAGGAACGAAAGAAAAAAAUUGACACGCCGCUGGUUCAGAGCGCUGUUAACGUAAACGAACAAGUCGAUUGACCUACGGGUACGUAUAAUGGAAAGCAUACACGAUCGAUAAAGCCUGCAUAUACGUAUCGUAGAAAAAUUCACAAGCAGUUUGGAAUGACGGGUUUACGUUCUGAAAAUUACAAAUGAACGUGUGUGUUCUAUUUCAAGGAGUAUCAAGGAAUAAAGAUUCCAGCAGACGAAUGACAACAAAAGAGACUGAUAGAAGUCGCGCGCGAGACAGUGGAUUUUUUCACGACUUCACCGAAGAAUUGCAGUUUUUUCGGUUCUGUUACUUGCCGCGGAUAACGUUUAAUUGGUCGUGGUGAAAGUGUCAAGGAAUAUGAAGAGAAGAAAUGUCGAGUGCGGUAAGCUUCGGAGGCCCUUGAAACGCAACAAGCUCACCGAGGGAAUCUACGGAAGUACUUUACUUUAUCUAAAAUUUCUUCUGCUAUGGGCCAUGGUAAUUUUGGCAGACUUCAUUUUAGAAUUCCGUUUUGAAUUUUUGUGGCCAUUUUGGCUACUUCUAAGAAGCGUUUACGAUUCUUUUAAAUAUCAAGGCUUGGCCUUCUCUGUAUUUUUUAUUUGUAUCGCGCUCACAUCAGAUAUGAUUUGCUUCUUUUUCAUACCAGUACAUUGGUUGUUCUUUGCUGCCAGCACUUAUGUUUGGGUACAAUAUGUUUGGCAUACAGAUAAAGGUGUAUGCCUACCAACUGUGAUGCUAUGGUUACUAUUUCUAUAUAUAGAAGCAGCAGUUCGAUUAAGAGAUUUACGACAUAUGCCUUUUCAUUUGGAUCUCUGUCGGCCAUUUGCAGCGCAUUGCAUUGGCUACCCUGUAGUUACGUUAGGUUUUGGUUUUAAAAGCUACAUUGGCUACAGAAUGAGACAGAGAAAACAGAAAGAUGUAGCAAAAGAAAACGAAUUCUAUCUACAAUUGUUGCAGCAAGCACUGCCUUUAGAGCAACAAACCUCUACUACGAUGCAACCAAUUCAGCAAGUUCAAUCACAAACACAUAUUAUUACAUCGUUAGAACAACAUGUUAAAACACAAUCUAAUAAAUUAAAUUCACAGUGCAAUCCAAGCCCUGAAAAAAGUAGAGGUAGAAACAAUAAUAAUUCUGUGGAAACAGGUGUACAAAAUGGUAAUAUACAUAUAGGUUCACAAAUUACACCACAAAACCAAAAUGUUACAACAAAAAAUAAUCACAGAAAGUCCUUAGAUAAAGGUGAAAAGCAAGAGGAACAACAUAAUAAGCAUAAUAUAACAAAUGUAUCUCAGUCUGACAAAAAUGAUAAAAGGUUUAUACAUACAAAUGGAAACACAAUUGCUCAGAGUGAUAUACAAUUCAUUGAAAGAAUUGGAUCUGUAAAUGAUUUUGAUGCAAAUGAAGUAGAAAAAGACAAAUUCAUCAAGAGUGGAAGUUGUGGGCAUGCUACAAUGAAAUCGCAAACUAAUGGUUCAGUAACAGGAAAGUGGAACAAUAUAAAGGAAAAUCGAGAACCAUCAUCAACUGUUAAUACACAACGAGAACGUAAAACUCGGCAAGUCAAAUCUACAGUUGAUAACAUAACUGAACAACAAAAGCAACAAGAUGAUUAUUGUCAAAGGUUACUGAUGUGUCGCAGGCUCGAGGCUGACAUAAAACGUUUAAAGUCGGAUCUGCAAUCCAGUCGACAAUUAGAACAAGAGCUUCGUUCUCAGAUAAAUACUUUACAAAAUGGAGAACGUCAAGCUAAGGGUGAUAUACAACAGCUUCAACAUGAUAAUGAUCAAUUACAAAGCAAAUUACAUGGAUUGGUAACAGCUCGUCAAUUAGAUAAGCAAACAAUGUCUUCGUUAGAAAAACGAAUUGCGGAAGAACGGAAACAGCGUACUGCUUGUGAAGCGUCUUUAGUUUCUGAAAGACGAGCGCGGCGAGCAGCGGAAGAGGCACGAUCUGCAAUUCCGCCUCCUCCCCCGCCCCUAAUUAGACAAGAAUGUACAGAUACGUGUAAAACACGGAGGUCACAAAUGGAACAAGAUCUCAAGAAUUUGCGACGAGAACUUAAAACAAAAGAAGAAAGGUGUAUCGCGCUAGAAAAAGAUGUAACUCGUUGUAAAGAAAAUCAUAAAGAAUCUGAAAUUUUACUUGGUGCACUUAAUGUGUUACAAGAUAAAACUGCUCAUUUAGAAGACAGUUUAAGUGCAGAAACGCGAAUAAAACUUGAUUUAUUUUCUGCACUUGGUGAAGCUAAGCGACAAUUAGAAAUUAGAGAAAGUUUAAUUAGAUCUCAAGAAAAAGAAAUUGAAAUGCUAAAAACAAAAAUAGCCCAAGAUUUAGCUGUGAUGCCACAAGAUACAUUUGGACCUGCGCCAACCUGUGCGACAUCUAAGCUUCGGUUAAAUAAUGAAGUACGAGUUGCAGUGUUCGAUGUACAACAAUUUUCACAACACAAUCUUUACACAUACCAAAAGUGAAAUAAUGUACAUUGGAACAAUAAGUGAGUAGCGGCAUAUCUAUUAUUAAUUAGAAAAAUUAAAAAUCAAAAAUUUUAAUCUGUGCUUGAUCCUCCUACAGCAUACGCCUAAAUCUAUGACGACUUGCUAUGGACAGAAAACCUUACUCAAGUCGUGAUCCGAAGCUAGUCCAGCAUACAAACUGUAUUUAAUGUCUUUGGCAAAUGAAGCCAAUUUAAGUCAUGUGAUCAUCCAAAACCAGCCAUUAAUAUACAUUGAUAAACCUGCCGUUCAUCAUUCGAAAUGAUUGAUAUGAAUGUCAAGACGCCAAAUUCAUUUUAAAUGUUCAUCGUUGCAUCAAUACUCUCGUUUCUAUACGUUUUUUAUAUUUUUAAAUGUCUUUAAUGAUUUAGUUUAGUAGUACAAUUGUGUAUUGGCUUUCGAACGGUAUAAAAUAAAUGUUAAUAUUUCGUACUAGGUUUUGAAAUAUGUACAGUGUUUAAUACUAUAGAUAGAAAAUUUUAGAAAUUUUAAGUUAGAUGUAUUAAUUGGUAAAAAGGAAAAGGAUAUAUCUAUUUUACACUAAAGAUUUCGACUCGUAAAAUGAGUGUCAAGGCGCGAAAUAAUAUAAUAUUAAUUUUAUGCACUUAUGGAAUAGUUCGUCGAAUGAGUUCAAGUAUUUAAAACAUUUUCCUUUUAAGUUACAAAAUUUAAAUUUAAGAGUUUGAUGAAUUGUUGAUUGUGUUAUUAGUAAUCAAAUUACGUAAUAUUUCGUUGAACAUGCUAGAGGAAAUAGAAAUUGUAUCUUUCUAAAAAUUUACCUAUAAACGUCUUCCUUUUACACGUUUAAUGAACAUCUUGAAUUUAAUACAUGUUCCUUUUAAAAUAUGAUACUUUUCAUUGUAUCUAUCAGUGAUGAUAAUAAUUUACUAAAACUAUGAUCAAAGGUACAUAGUAUAUAGUGCUUGUAUGUAUUGUUUCUCAUAUUACUUUGAUACUAUUUUUUUUUGUAUGCUAUACUAUUUUUUAG